GCUCAGAGCAUCAAUUGAGACCACAGGGAAACUCAAUAACCGCCUUCCUGAGCAUCUGGAAUCUUAACCACCCUCAACCACACACGGCACAGCGACGUGUGCGAUGCACAAGUUCCUCAACCGCACCGAAGCUCCUGGGAUCAAGCUCAGCAACCAUUCAGCAGGAACCCAAAUAAGGGUUACCCGCAACCUGCCGGGUCCACUCACGAUUUCGACGCAGGAACCAGCCCGCGGCCCUGGCAAGUGCGCUUUCGAGGUGUCCAUGCCUCAAAAGUGCGUGCGGACGGCUAUCGGCUUUUUGGAGCAACCGACAGCAUCCUACAUGACCCCUGACUACCUGAGAGGCAAAGGGUAUGUGUCGUACGGGGGUGCAGGUUUCAUAUACCCAGCAAAAGCCAUGUCAAAAGCGACGUACGGCGAAGGGGACACGGUGCGUUGCGAAUUGUGUUUUGAAAGUCGCAAGGUGACGUUUUGGGUCAACGGCUUGUUGGCUGGGUCAGCACCCUGGGGUGGCCCAGCGCAGGCGUACCCAGCGGUGUCCGUUUUCCCGGGUGACCUGCUCUGCACCGUCUCCUUCAUGUGAGGUGCUGAGUGCCUGGGCGGCAGGCGUGCUCGGGUGCCGGUAUAUAUGGGCUCUUCCGGUGUGUACCAGACAUGUGUUGGGCAGGUCGUGUACGAAUGCAAAGGGAUGUUAUGGAUGACGUUGCAUUGGAAGGAUUGGUUGAUGCUGCAUGUGUGCUUAGGUGUGUGUGAAAGGAGGAGCCCGCAUGGCCUGGCAAGCCAAAGGGGUAACGGUAAGAUGUUCGGAGGAUGAGCCCGCAUGGCCAGACCAGCCAACAGCGCCCCGAGGACCGCAUGGCCCCAGGAAGGCGUUCGGGUCGAAGCUGGCAAUGUGGCAAUGUGGCAGCAGAGGGCAACUUAAUGUGGGACCGGCGUUUUACAAAGCGAGUACCUCCGGUCCUCAUUUGUUCAUCCCCACCCGUACGAGAUGACGUACUAAGUGCUGAGACAGAGGCUUGCCAUGAGGGAUAGUGAUGGAGCGGCUAAUAUUGUAUUGCAUAACACCCCAUCUACUUGUUCACGUAUAGCUGCAUAUGCAGCAGCAUUCUUUGAGCUGUCUUAACGGUGUCCGUUGCAAGAAGCUACUGCCGGGAACGGGAACCUCCAUCGUGAACGUAUACGUUUAACUGGUGUGGAACCUGGAGCUUGUAUAAACUAUGGCUCAAGGUGGCCCAAGCUAUGGAGCAAUGCUUGCUGCAAGCGGCACUGCAAGCAUUGCUAGCUCACUACACGAUAGCAUACGGUCGGCAGCAUCAUCUCGUCUGCAUUUAUCGGGGAACCAGCCUACGGGUGCGCGUAUAGCGUUUCCGCAGGACCGGCUGGGUAGCACAUGGACGUUCGGAGGUAGCCCGUCACCAACGCGCUUGGCAACUGCUGCUUACCUUUCCAACGUACCGGUUAUAGCUUCACCUAUAACUUAUUCUUCAGGCUGGCCUGAAGCCAGGCCGGGCCUUGUAGCCGAUGCGAUGGGACAUGCAGCUUUGACGAACUCGUCCCUCUUGCGCCGAAGCACACCGGCUGCUGCGCCUGGGUACUACCAACAACUAUUAACUGGUGACCAGAUGCCUUACAUAAACACUCAAGGGGACUUGGAUGUGCUACAACGGCAAAGUCAUCUUUCGACAGCAUCGGAUGGGCCCCAACACCAGGACCAGCCAUUGCAAAGGACACAAACGAAUCUUUACCGCCACCAAGCCUUGCAGCAAGUUGCCGGACACGUUACACCAAUUCCCACCUCCACACCCGUUCCAUCAGCCUGCAUUCCUCCCAGCGGCGCCCAUGCGCACGCCACCACCCGCACACCUCCUCCACCUUCUUCACAGACCCCCUCCGAGAUCGGAACCACGCCCGACCUCCUCCCCAAACCCUUGCCCCCCAUCAACCCUCACGGUGAGCCCAGGGCGACCUACGACCCAGCCCUGCUCGCCACCCUACCGCCCCUGCACGCCACCCCUUCUCCAUCCUCGCUCGCCGCUUCCAUCGCCAGCACCAACCAGCAAAUCAACAACCUCGCCCGGGCCUUAUCCUCCCUCUCCAGUUUGGCAUGCCUCAGUUCCCUUGCCAGCCUACAGCCCCCUCCUCCCCUGCAGCCCAGCCCGGCUGCAUCCCAGCCCCUAACAGCAGCCACUGCCACUGCUAUUGCCACCCCUAGUCGUUGGCAGGCGGUUGAAGCGUACUGGCUGCCGGAGGGUUCCGGCGCUGGUAGUCCUGUUGCAAUCCAAGCAGCGGUUAACGUACCCGUACUGCAAGAUCCGGGUCCGCAGCAUCCCAGCGGGGCAGCUGGGUUGAUGCAUGGGAGGUUCGAUGGUGGGGUGCGCAGCGGCGGGCGGCAGCAGAUGAUGGGGCGCGGGUCGGCUGAGGGGCCGGACGUCGCUGCUGCUGCGGCGGCAGCGCGGCGAGAGGAGCUGGGUGGUGGAGGUGAUCCGAGGGAGGCGCGGAGCGAUCCGGCGAGUCCCAUUCGCGGUGCUCGGCCGCUGGACCGCACCUGGCAUGCGGGCAGCAACGGUACCAACAGCAUCAGCCACAGUACCCGUGACAACAUAACACAUCAGUACACAUACUGGCAGCAGCCCGCGCCACAGCCCCAACCUCCCCAACCUACCAGAAACCAAUCACAACCACCCCACCCACAGCAACAACAGCCGCUGCUGCACCUGAGCCCGGAGGCACUGCAACAGCUCGUGGCUGAGACGGCUCGCGCCUCCGCCUCCGCAUCCCUGGAGCUCUACCACCGGCAACACGUGAUGCAGCUGCAGCAGCAGCUCAGCGACUUGGGGCUGCGAGGUGCACGCAGUCCCGCUUGCUCGGACGGAAGUGGGGAGGGUGCUGGCGCGGUGCUGGUAGGGCGCUCUACAGCUGCGGCUGCUGCUGCGGGUGCUGCUCCGGGUGAUGCCAGCAGUGCAGCAACAGCCUGCCUAGAAGGAGGAGGGGCAGGAAGAGGACCAGGUGGGCCCUGCGGCGGUGGCAGCAGGGAUGCGGGCGACGAUGAGGACGAUGCGGUCCGAGGCGAGAAAGAAGGGCCCGCUUCUCCUCCUCACAGGGCAGGCAGCAGCUGCAGCGUUGGCGGUAAGGAUGGUAACCAACAGCAUCCUCACCACCACCUCCGUCACCCGGACCGCGGCAAUGCCGAUAGCGGUAGCGGCAGCGCCGACCACUUCAACACGAGCACCGGCAGCGGCAGCUCCGGCGGCUCCUCCUCUCAACAGUGGCAGAACAUCACACUACGACCCACCUGCAGUCGCAGCAGCGGCAGCAGGACUGAGCGGCCGGCGGAAGGCGGCAACGGGGCGGCCUGGUCCGGCAGCGGUGGUGGCGACCUGUAUCUCCCGGCAAUGUGGGGAGUUCCGGAGGCAUCAGGAACAGCAGCAGCGGCGGGGAAGCAGGCGGAUGAGCAGGUGGGAACGGAGCAGCAAGUCAGCGGGACGGCGGCGGCAUCCCUGCGCCUGGAGGGCCCAGAGGUCGGGCAGAUGGCUAGGAACGGAAGUGUGGAUGAGGGCGAGGAGGCGCUGCUCCUGGGGGUAUCAGCUGCUGAGAAGGAGGAGCAGCAGCAUAGGCAGCUGCCAGGGCAGGUGGCAGUGGAAGGGGAGAGGGAGGCGGGCAUGGACGUGGAUAUGAUGCUGGCUGGGCACGGCGGUGCUGGUGGAGUGGAGGAGAGGCAUGGGGCCGGUGACAAGGAUGGCGGGGAAGGGCUGACUGCAGUGCAGUCACCGGGCUUGCAUGCUGGGAGGUUAGCAGCCUGUGACGAGGUGGAGGGUAAGGAAGGGGUGGAGCAGGGGCAGCCGGAGGGGGACUUUGGUGGAGCAACGGUGAUUGCAUUUGGUGAGGUGGAGGGGUCCGAGACCGACGUCUUGCGAGAAGGGUGGCGGCAGUCUGAGGAGCUGAAGGAUGGAGAGGAGGCGAGGUUGCCGCAGCGGGAGCGGGGGCAGCAGUCAUUGGACGAGGAAGGGGUGGCGGAGGUGACUGAGCUGGAGAGUUUCAGUGCGGGCAGUGACAGCAGCAGCAGCCGCAGUGGGCAGGGCAGGAAGGUUGUGGAGGGGCUCAGAAUGCAGUAGGACUGUGUGUUUCGGGAGCGAUAGCGGUAGCUAGGGGAUGGAGGCAAGCGGCGGCGGACAUGAUUGGCGGAUGUGGGAGCAGGAGCGGGGCUGGUAGCAAGGGGCCCAGUAGGGGUGAAGGCAGCAGCCAAAGCAGUUCGUGUCAUCAGGCAAGGAACACUGCAUGCGAACCCUCUAAUCGUACACCGGUAAAAAGACGUUACACUGGGGACCCUUUGGCGCUGGGGGUCACACUCCUAGGGGUGCCCCUUCGCCCAGUAUAGCUUUUGGGUUACUUAAAUGAUGGAAUUGCGCUACGGCAUGCUGCCUACUAGUCUUGAUGCACAGGCAAACGAGCCAUAUGGUGGGCUCGGCACACCUUGAAGUGCGGCUACGUGGGGUACUCUGGUAGUGCAAUGAUGAGAAAACUGAAGACGCCUUUGCAAACACGUCUUGAGUGAGUUAUUACACUUCCCUUCUCCUGCGACAAGCCCACAAACCAACAUCCUCGGUUGCGUUGCGUCGUGCUCCCUACGCACACCGGUUUCCUGAACAUGCCCCAAACCCUUAACCACCCUCUUCGGCUGCCCUUGCGGCGAAACCCCUGUAAACAUACCCCCCC